UUUAAAUAGCGUGGCCGCUUGAUUCGUGAAGAUAAAUUGGCGGGAGUCCGGUAACUGAUGUAUAUAACUGGGCAAAGUUCAAUCCUUUGAUCGGUUUCGUGUCGAUUCCCAACUCUGAACGCCUCGGGCCGUCUUUCCCCCUUUCUCUGCUUCAGACCUAACCAUCUUCCCCAUCUUCGCAUGGAUACGCUGAGGCGCCCAGCGAGUUUCCUGACGCAGGCCAACGCCCUGCUCCGCAAGAACAUCUGCCUCCAGAAAAGGAACUGGAAGACUAACAUUGGCAUCACCUUCUUCCCAGUCAUCAUCUGCGUUCUGCUUAUCGUGCUCCAGAACAUCAUCAACAGUGAGCUCGACAAGCCCAAGUACAGAUGUGGCUGCGCCUGUGUCGAGACCGACAUAAAUGGAACCUGCAAGAGGAGGGAGUGUGGCGUCCAAUACUCGACACUGGAGCAGGUCUGGAACUGCGCAAUUCCCAGCCCGCCACGGUGGCCGGCCCUGAUUCAGGUCCCCCAGCCUGAGUCCCGAGCUGUCAGAACAGUUUCCCAGCCAUUUGAUGAUCUGCCUGAGCCCUCAUGCCGUGACUCCUGGUCUUGCCCCGCCAGCGUCCUCAUCACUGGAAAGGACCGAUACUUUGCUGAAAGUGUUGCAGGAGGUCUAUUUCCUGCUUUCUCUCCCACUCUUAAUGUGACGGAUUAUCUUGAUGCGCUAUCCAGGAUAGUUGUUGGUUCAGACACUGCGCCAUGGUAUACACAAUUGCUAGAGCCCGCAUUUUCUUCUUCGGAUACCAUCUAUCUGCUUCAGCCUCAGUGCGUGCCCUACUUAUCGCAGACCAUUUCGUAUAGAGCUAGGGGCAUACCCCUUCAGCUAAAUAUACAGUGUGUUGAAGGUGUGAUGUUAUGGCGAGAGAGUACAUCGGUUAUCAAUGAUGAAUUAUUAAAGGGUUAUAAACAAAAAGGAGGAAAAAUAAACGAGUUUAUUGCAGGUUAUGACUUCUUGAGUACAACAGAAUUUGGACUUGGUAUAAAUGUUUUGUACAACUCUACAUAUAACGAUAAAACUGCAUAUUCAUUUAUCGCAGCAUUACGAGUUCCACGCUUGGUGAAUGCCGUAUCCAACGCAUAUCUCAAAUAUAUCCGAGGACCUGGGGUGGAAAUGCGACUUGAAUAUGUAAAAGAGAUGCCCAAAGUUGGAACAAGUUAUAGGUUCGACCUCUCUUCUCUUCUCAGUGCGCUAUUCUUCACAUGGAUCGUUGAACUGCUUUUCCCAGUUAUGUUGGCAUAUCUGGUGUAUGAGAAGCAACAAAAGCUAAAAAUAAUGAUGAAGAUGCAAGGUCUGAAGGAUGUACCUUACUGGAUGAUAUCUUAUGCUUAUUUCUUUGUUCUAUCAGUUGUCUAUAUGACAUGUUUUGUGAUUUUUGGAUACUUCAUAGGUCUCAAUUUCUUCAGACUCAACAACUAUGGCAUACAGUUUGUUUUUUUCUUUGUCUACAUAAAUUUACAGAUUGCUUUUGCCUUUUUUGUGGCAUCUUUCUUUUCAUCUGUCAAGAUAGCCACAGUGAUUGGUUACAUCUAUGUAUUUGGAUCUGGUUUACUAGGGGCAUUUCUUUUCCUAUUUUUUAUUGAGGACAAAACCUUUUCCGGUAUCUGGGUAUUAGUUAUGGAGAUUGUCCCGGGAUUUUCGCUCUAUCGAGGACUGUAUGAGCUUGGUCAAUACGCAUUUGCUGGAAGUGCUACGGGAUCCAGUGGCAUGAUGUGGGGAAAUUUGAAAGACCCAGUCAACGGAAUGUGUGAUAUCUUGAUUAUAAUGACUGUAGAAUGGGCAUUACUGCUCGUGUUAGCAUUCUAUUUGGAUCAAAUGUCUUCAGUAGGUGGUAGUGUCAGAAACCCCUUACUCCUCUUUAGAUCUUCACAGAAGAAGCAUGCACCAUCAUUGCAUAAAAGUAGCUCUGCGCAACAGGAUUCUAAAGUAAUCGUUAAUAUGGAGAAAGAAGAUGUUGCUCAAGAACGACGACUAGUUGAGCAAUUAUUGAUGGACCGCAAUGCAAACGAAGCUGUGAUCUGUGACAACCUCAGGAAAAUGUAUCCUGGAAGAGACGGAAACCCAGACAAGCUGGCUGUUCGAGGAUUAUCUUUGGCCCUACCAAAAGGGCAAUGCUUCGGAAUGCUUGGCCCUAAUGGAGCUGGGAAAACAUCAUUCAUUAGUAUGAUGGUUGGGCUUACUAGACCUACAUCUGGCACUGCUUAUGCUCAUGGAAUGGAUAUAACAAUGGAUAUGGAUGACAUAUAUACAAAUAUGGGCGUGUGCCCUCAGCAUGACUUACUUUGGGAAACAUUAACGGGAAGAGAGCAUCUAUUCUUUUACGCUAGAUUGAAGAAUCUCAAAGGUGCUGCAUUAGUGAAGGCUGUUGAUGAUUCUCUUAAAAGUGUAAAUCUGUUUCAUGGUGGAGUUGGUGAUAAGCAAGUGGGAAUGUACAGCGGAGGCAUGAAGAGAAGGCUCAGUGUGGCAAUAUCAUUAAUCGGAGACCCCAAAGUUGUUUACAUGGACGAACCGAGCACAGGGCUAGAUCCAGCAUCAAGAAAUAACCUGUGGAACAUUGUGAAGGAGGCCAAGAGUAACUGUGCAAUUGUUCUCACAACACACUCGAUGGAGGAGGCAGAAGUACUUUGUGAUCGACUUGGCAUAUUUGUUGAUGGAGAGUUCCAAUGCAUUGGAAACCCUAAAGAGCUAAAGGCGAGAUACGGAGGCGCGUACAUAUUCACAAUCACAACAUCUCCAGAACAAGAGUCGGAAGUUGACAAGCUAGUGCGUCACCUGUCUCCAAGCGCAAACAAGAUCUACAAUCUUUCUGGGACCCAAAAGUUUGAACUACCGAAGCAGGAGGUGAGAAUAGCCGAUGUUUUUCGUGCAGUUGAGAUUGCGAAAAGCAGGUUCAGCAUACAUGCCUGGGGCCUCGUUGACACUACCUUGGAGGAUGUGUUCAUCAAGGUUGCCAAGGGAGCGGAGGUGUUCAAUGAUGUUGCGUAGAUUGUGACUUGGAGAGUGUAUUCGUCAUGGACGGCAGGGGACCGCAGCCCCUAGCUUGCACUCCAUGCGAGUCCGUACAUAAUCUGUUGAACUAAUAGCAUAUAGGUUUUGUUAGGGUAAAUAUUCAUUGCAUAGAGAAUUUUUGUAGGGUGAAAGUACAUAUAGUAGGUGGUAACGGGAAUAGCAGUUCUCCUGGUCGAGAGAAGCGAGAAAAAAAAAACAGAAACAGAAUUUUUGCAGGUAAAGAGAAACAGAUUCUUGAUAGUGUUGUUGAAGAAUAAAAUCGGCGGCUACUUUAGUUUGUCAAAUUAUUACCUGAAAAUUUUCUGAGUGUGAAAAUUCCAUUCUCAU